GACAUCAGUAGGUCAGGUGACUGUGACAGGGCCUGUUCGUGUGAGACCGGCUAGUUGGCAGUGCUGGAGGCUGAGCGGGGAGGAAGUAUGCGUGCUUGCCGGCAGUGGGUGCGCUACAGCUCGGCCGUGGGACCUGUCCUGGUGUAGCCUGCCCUAGGGUGUCUCCGUAGAUGAAGCUGUAGUGGCCUUAAGCGGAAGCCUUGCUCCCAGCUCCAGCUGCUGUAGGAGGGAGAGGGACUUGCAGACAUGGAGGAGAAGUACAGCAGUAAUGUAAUGAGCAGUGGCCGGCUGGGGCCAGUAGAUGCCCCAGAGUCCAGGUUAACCCGAUACAUUGUGCUCCUGUGCUUCACAAAGUUUUUGAAGGCUCUUGGAAUAUUUGAAUCUUAUGAUCUAUUAAAAGUCGUCCACAUUGUACAGUUUAUCUUUAUAUUAAAACUAGGUUCUACAUGUUUUAUGGUUUUGUUUCAAAAGCCAUUUUCAUCUGGAAAGUCAAUUACAAAACGGCAGUGGGUCAGUAUUGUAAAACAUGCUUUUGUAAGCUGCAUUAUCUCACUCCUGUGGUUCUUUGGCCUGACGCUCUGUGGCCCAUUAAGGACCUUGCUGCUUUUUGAACAUAGCGAUAUUGUAGUCAUUUCAUUGCUCACUGUGCUUUUCACUGGUUCUGGUGGAGGGCCAUCCAAGACUCGGGGAGCUGCAUUUUUCAUUAUUGCUGUUAUAUGCUUGCUGCUAUUCGAUAAUGAUGAUCUAAUGGCGAAAAUAGCAGAGCACCCUGAAGGGCACCAUGACAGUGCACUCACACACUUUCUGUACAGAGCUUUUUUUCUCUUAGGAGUUGCUGACCAUAAGGGAGGAGUACUGUUGCUUGUGUUGGCUUUAUGUUUCAAUGUUGGUUUUCACACAGCUUCCAGAAAGCUAUCUUUAGAUAUUGGUGGCGCCAAGCGUCUUCAGGCAUUGUCUCACCUUGUCUCUGUAAUAAUACUGUCUCCAUGGGUCAUCAUCCUUUCUGCAACUACCGAGAGCAAAAUAGAGUCCUGGUCUGCACUCAUAAUGCCUUUUAUGACUGUCAUUUUUUCUGUCAUGAUAAUGGAUUUCUAUGUAGAAUCUGUUUGUUCGGUUAAAAUGGAGCCUUCAAAAUGUGCGCGUUAUGGGUCCUUCCUCAUUUUUACUAGCGCACUGCUGUUGGGUAAUUUCUGGACUCAUCCAAUAACUGACCAGCUUCGGGCCAUGAAUAAGCCUGCGCACCAGCUUCAUACUGAGCAUGUGCUGUCUGGAGGUGUAGUGGUCAGCGCCAUCUUUUUCAUUCUGUCUGCACAAAUCCUGGCAUCCUCCUCAAGGAAGGGACAGAGGGGCACGCUGGUUGGUUACUCCCCUGAGGGCACGCCCCUGUAUAACUUCAUGGGAGAUGCCUUGCACAAUACUUCACCCUCCAUGCCCAGGUUCCUGAAAGAUUCCCUGAAGCAAAUCCUGGAAGAGUACGACUCCAGACAGAUCUUCUACUUCCUGUGUCUAAAUCUGGCUUUCACAUUUGUGGAAAUCUUCUAUGGAGUAUGGACCAAUAGUCUGGGCUUAUUAUCUGAUGGAUUCCACAUGUUGUUUGACUGCUCUGCAUUAGUGAUGGGCCUUAUUGCUGCAUUAAUGACUCGGUGGAAAGCAACUCGAAUCUUUUCCUAUGGGUAUGGUCGGGUAGAAAUUCUGUCUGGAUUUAUUAAUGGGCUUUUCCUGGUGGUUAUAGCAUUUUUUGUUUUCAUUGAGGCUGUGGCCAGGAUAUACGACCCUCCGGACAUCAAUACAGACAUGCUUACUCCUGUCUCAGUUGGAGGACUGAUCGUAAACCUUGUUGGUAUCUGUGCUUUCAGCCAUGCUCAUUCCCAUGGGGCUGCUCGAGGAGGGUGUCCUUCUCAUGAUCAUGGCCAUUCUCACCACGGGCAUGGACACAGUCAUGGGCACAACCAUGGUCACUCACACAGUGACCACGGCCAUAACCAUGGACAUACCCACAACCAUGGACACUCUCAUGGGUCUGCUGGAGUAGGGAUGAAUGCAAAUAUGAGAGGUGUGUUCUUACAUGUACUGGCAGAUACACUUGGCAGUGUUGGAGUCAUUGUAUCAACCAUCCUGAUUCGACAGUUUGGCUGGCUCAUUGCUGACCCCUUAUGCUCGCUGUUUAUUGCUGUCUUAAUAUUUGGCAGUGUCCUGCCUUUGCUUAAGGAUGCCUGCCAGGUGAUUCUUCUGAGGAUACCACAAGAAACUGAAAAAGGAAUAAACAUUGCACUUGAAAAGAUUUCUAACCUUGACGGUCUAAUCUCCUACCGGGAUCCACAUUUCUGGCGCCAUUCUGCCUCUCUAGUUGCAGGGACUAUACAUGUUCAGGUGAUGUCAGAUGUUGUAGAACAGAGGAUCAUUCAGCAGGUGAACAACUCCAUUAACUGUGCUGUAUUUGCAGAAAUGCUCAGGCUUCCAGAAAAGUUUUUAAUAAGGCAGAUGAGGUUACAUCCCUUCUAAAGGACGCGGGAGUCAACAACCUCACUGUGCAAGUGGAGAAAGAAGCCUACUUCCAGCACAUGUCUGGCCUUAGUACCGGAUUUCAAGAUGUCCUUAUCAUGACCAAACAGAUGGACACUAUCAAAUAUUACAAGGACGGGACUUAUAUAAUGUGACAGAAAACCAGAACUUCCAAACAGUAUUUAUCCGUCUUUUGUCCAGGGAAAAAUAAACACAAACUUGUACAUAAAUGUACAGAUAUAAGACUUUCUAUAAAUUUGGAUUUUAUAAUUCAUGGUUAUUCUGUCCUUUUAGAGACUGAAUCAGGAUGUUUUAUAUAUAUAUGUAUUAUGGUAAGAAUGGUUCUGUUCUUUAUUUUGAAAUAAUGGGAUUGAGAUGGGGCUUCUAUACUGUGUUUUGUCUUUGUAUAAUAAAUCUUGUGGUGGCCACUCCUAUUAGAGUUGGUUGAUUUCACCAUUCCUACAGAGUUCUGUUUACGUAGUGUGUAAUAAAGAUCAUGGGCUAUCUUUAAAUUAACACAAGAAACUUCAUUGAUAAAGUAUUUUAAAUAAACCAUGAAGUUUUGGGUGCUUGA